CAACCACCCACAUGGGGAACAGCAAAACGCCACGCCCAAUCGGGUUUCAUCGCACUGCAUUCGCACUGCCUUAGCACUUGCCGCAGUCUCAUGUCAGCUAGACUCAGCAUGCUAUUCGCCCGUACGAGGCUCUGGACGCCGCACCUUGCACGUACGAGGCGCCCCCAUAGACUGCGCACCCUGCUGCGUCGCAGCUUUGGACCGCGAACGCACGAAGGUGGUUCGACUCCUGCUACCGUUUCGCUGCUUGUGUUAAGCUUUGCUGGUCUUCUCCAGACGCCCUGCCCGAUACCCACAUGCCCUCGCUUUGAUAGACUAACAGCCAUCCCCCUUCUCUCGCCGUGCCUAUUUCGCUUUACGCGUGCUUAUAGAUUUUUGUUUCCCCUUCGCCCAAGAAUCUCCGUUUUCAUGCCGGUGCUUCUUUAACCGGGUGACCGAAGAUACCCUUUUGUCCUUUCUGUUCGUUUGUGCAGGCACCUAUAGUAAGUUCAGCUUCACGUCUCUCAUCGCCCGCGAUGAUCAUUGCCAGAGUCUAACAGAUGC